UAUCGAUGGACACAUAUUUAAGGCACCAAUAUAUUAUGGCAAAUAUUUUGAUGUCUUUGAGGCACUUGGAGUAAGAAAAUCUGCCAUUCCUGACAUAUAUCUUGAAGCUCUGUGUGGCAUUGAAGAAAACUGUAAUGGGGAGAAAUUAGAUCCCAAUGAAUCUGUCGCUGUUCAAAAAUGCAUCAAACAAUUGAACAUUCUAUGGGAAAAGAAUGCAGAUCAAAAAGAUGAGUCGAAAAAUCUGAUAUUGUUUUUACCAAAUCAACAAAAUGUGCUAAAAAAUUCCACGAAGCUUGUCUUUAUAGAUGACUAUUCUAUUUAUAGCCGAACUAAACAGCUUUGUAUUGACUUUUUUAUUGGAUACAAACGUUUGGAAAUGCAGAUACCUGAUCCUAACAGAAUUCAUCGUUUCUGGCCAAAAAAAUUCCAGAUGAAGAGAUUAAGUAAAAUUGUAACUGAAAGACUAAAUCAAGAUUGUAUUCAAGGAGCAGUAUCUGGUGAGCUUGCUAAUGAAGUGAGUAAAAGGCUUAAAAGUGAAGAAAUGCGUGAUGCUUUAGUGCGUUUACUGAAACAUUAUCAACAUAAGGCUGACAUACCAGUUGAUGAUGAAGAAACCAUAAAAAAUAAACUCCAAACCAUUAUAGACAUAAAGGUAUGUGAAGAUAAAAACCUGUCCACGGUACUCGUCUAUGAAGGAAAGGUGGUACCUAAUAGUGAAUGUAAAAAAUCAGCAUACUUUGUAGAGUCAGAGUUGAGCCAACAAAACAAAUCCACCAAAGACUAUAUUUUAUACAUCAAUCAAGAAAUCAAUGUAGAAGGCUAUGAACUCACAAAAACAUUAAUUGCUCUUCUGAAUCGAGUUCUCGGUGGUGUAGACAUCAUGCUUUUCAAUGCCAUUUGGAGUAUGAAUCUCUCAAAAAUUUCAGAAUUCCUCAAUGAUAAAAACAUUAUUCAUUCUGAUUAUGCUGAAAUAGCAUCCAGUAUAUUUCCUGAACUAGGUACUGAGAUUCCAAAAGAUCUUCACUUUCUGUUGAACAAUGGUUUUGGUGAGUUUUAUGAAGGUGAAUAUGUUGGUUUUGAAGUUUACGAUCCUGAUCUUGAAGAAACAAAAUCUGAUUAUGUAGAAUAUUCACCAAUGUAUGUAUAUGCCAAAAUUGUUAAAAAGGUUAAAGUAGAAACAGACGAGGAAUUUGCUACAUUCAGCAUAAAUAUUGGUGAAGACGAUUUAAAAGAAGUUUACUUUUUCAAGAUCUACAAGUUCCAUCGAACACGAAAAAGUACAUCUAGAACAUUGGAAUUAAGUGAUAAAAUGAACGAAGAUGAUUUAGAUGGAUCUAGUCAAGAUAUCGAAACCAUAUUGCUGGGCAUCCGUAAGACCUUAAUAAAAGCUUGGAAACUUCCAGAAAAAGAAAGAAAAGCAGUCCUAAAACGACUGAUAUUGCUAUGGCAUCCUGAUAAAAAUCUACAUAAUCAAAAAAUGGCGACUGAAAUUACCCAAAAGAUAUUCAUGUAUGUAAAGAGAUUAAACAAUGGUCUCUCGUUAGAUGAACUUGAUGAAACUGAUUAUGGCCACACAAGUUCAAGUUCCAGAAACUAUAAUUCAGAUGAUGAUUCAUAUAGAUCUUUCUAUAAAAACAUGUAUUCACGAGGAAGGAGCUAUGCUAAAAACUUUAAACAUUACUGGUCAGAUGAAAGUUGUGGGCAUCACCAUUCCUGGACUCGGACUGAACCAAGACCGAUGCCGGAUCAUGCUGUCCGAUGGCUGAGACAAGCUGUAAGUGAUCUAAAAGCAGCUGAACUUUUUCAACAGAAUAUUGGUGAUGAUUUUCAUAAUUGGGUAUGCUACAAAUGCCAGCAGGCUGCUGAGAAAGCUCUGAAAGCUGUUUGGUAUACCAUAGAUGGAAAUAACGUAACACAUGCUCACAAUCUGUAUCUAGUUGCUCGUGAAUUACCGUAUGAUAACUUAAAAACACUUGCAUUAGAACUACAAAAUAUGAUUGGUGAUCAUACUCGUAUGCGAUAUCCAGACACACUUAGUUACCCUCAAAUUCCAAAUGAUGUAUACAACAAAAAUCAUUCUCAAAAAGGCUGUGAGAUAGCAAGAAAGAUCGUGAAUGGGGCAUCUGAAAUAAUCAAUUCCAAUGAUUCGCGGGGUGCUAAGAAGCAGAGAAUAGCGUAAAAUCUAAAUUCCGAAAGAACAAAGAGCAUUUACAUUUUGAUGUAAUUUUACAUUUUAGAAAUAUAUAUUUGUAAGUUUUAAUAUUUUAAAGCAAAUAUGUUUUGUUCAUUCUACUAUUGUUAUAGUCUGUCUAUAGCAGGUCUUCUCUACAUUACUAGUGUUUUGCCAUUAGUUUUGAUAUAUCGAUAAAAUAUGAGUUUUGAUUUGAUUAAACAUACAUUAUGCAAGAUUUAAAGAUUAAAUGGAUAAUCAAGACUAUGCUGUUUAUCAUACUGACUUUAGUAAUAAUGACCGAGGCUAGGCAGAAAUUUCAAUAGCUUAGUUCUCGGUUUAUAGUGGAUCAAUUUGAAUGAAAUUUUCAGCAAAUUGCCUUUACAUUAUCUAGAUUUUAACUAUUAUAGUGAGAACUGCCAACUCGUUAUCCAAUCUCCCAUAAUGUAUCUUUACUGCCAACUCGUUAUCGAAUCUCCCAUAAUGUAUCUUUAAUAUGUGAAUAUGUUUUGGGAGAUAGAUAUAUUCCAUAAAUUUGAUAUAUAAUUUUUUUUACAUGAAAAAAUAUUGAUAAGUAGUAGUUAUUAGCACACUUUCCGAGGUGUAUCAGUGAAUAUCAGGACAGUUUUGGUCGAGGGUCCAGCCGAGGCGUCUCCCGACCAAAACUGUCCUGAUAUUCACCGAUACACCGAGGAAAGGUGCUAAUAAGUUACUUACAUCACAUUUCUAUCGAGUAUUGUGAAGCAAAAUGUGAAAAAUAGUAUUUAUUAUCGAGUCGUUUCAACCGAAAAGUGACAAAUACUUUCUGCUCUUUCAUUAUUUAUCCCUUUCUGAGCCUCACGUUACAUUUCAUGGUAGAAUGAUUUCGCAGUGUAGAGACGACCUGAGUAGUAUUUACACGUGCGUCUUGCUAUGAUACUCUGAGCGUAAAACAAUCGCGUGUUUGUUAGACCACAUCGUCAAAACAACUUGUCUAUGGCGUAGAGGACUGCGAUAUUAUUAAAUGUAGUGUAAAGGAAAUGCAAAACGUGAAAGUAUGCAUCGGCGGAUGGUUCUUCCGUUGAAAUUUAUUUGUAAUAAAGUUUAUGACUUUCUAGGCGUUUUUUUUCAUCCUGCUUAUUUUCAAUGCCUGUGAAGUGUCCAGCAAGAGAACUGCGCCUUCUAUCAUCACAAUUAAUUAAAAUAAUUAUUCAAUAUUCUAAUUUAUAUAUUUUGCAUAUUAAUAUAAAUCAAACCAAAUUAUGAAAUAGAUGCCAAUUGAUAUGUAUAAUAAUUGAUUUUUGUAAUAUGUUGUUAUGUUAAUUUAAUGUCAUUGUAUAUGUUUUUGAACUGCCAUGUAGUUCCUCCCAUUUUGUUUUGUUACUAUGAUUUUGACUAGUUGUUUCAUGUACACUGUAUAGAGACAGCCUUAUCAAUUGCGAACUGGGUUGGACUAAAUGUCUGCUAACGGUCCGUGUAUCAGAAAUGGACAGUACUCUUUCUGUACAUUUCUGAUACACGAAUACUUUUAGGCAUGUGUUGCAAAUAAACAGGACAGUUUUAUCAAAGGUUGCCAGUGGCAACGAGUAGAAGUGGGAUGUAAUAUAUAUAUUGUAUAAUGUUGCCUAUGUAUGUCCAUCCAUCCCAAUUGUUGUAUCCCAAUAAAUCAAACUUUUUGUGUUAUUGAGAUUUGCACUGGUUAUUGAGAGAGUUAAUGCUCUUGCCAUUACAAUUUUGUAAUUGCUCCAAAUGUGGUCAUAUAUUGUUGUCACUCUGCUGUACUCCAUCCAUAUGUUCAAAGAAUUCUAUCCAAUUUGGUUGAAAUUUAUUUUCAUUAUUAAAAUCAACAUGUAUUUAGAAUGUGGAUGCUUCAUCUUGAUACCACAGAACCUCUGUUUUGCGUCCCAUCUGAACGAUUAGACAGAUAUCCUUAUCAGGCCCUCUAUCCAGCACCACUGACAAGGGGAAGUAACUGAGAAUUACCAUCAGUUUGAGAUGUGUUUUUAUACGCCCACAUGGAAAUGUGGUCGUAUAUUGCCGUCGGUCCGCCUGUUCAUCGUCCACAAUUUCUUGUGAACACUCUACAGACUACAUUUAUCAUCUGAUUGUUUUGAAAUUGAUAUAUGUUGUUUGAAUUAGUGAGAUGAAGAAGGCUAUUUUAUUUCAAUAACUUCCCUUAGUUUCUUCUGGAGUUAUGGCCCUUGUUUCACUUUGUUGCACCUUGUGAACGCUCUAACGACAAAAGUUAUCAACCGAUCUGUAUGAAAUUUAUACUCAUCAUUUAAAUUAGUAAAACAAAGAAGCCUAUUGAAUUUCAGCAAUUUCCGUUAAUUACAGCUCGAGUAAUGGCCCUUGUUUAACUUGUUGAAUCUUGUGAACGCUUGAGUUAUGGGCAGUUAUGGCCCUUGAUUUACUUGGUUGAACUUUGUGAACAUUCGAACGACAAAAGUUAUCAUCCGAUCUGUAUGAAAUUUAUAUGCAUUAUUUGAAUUAGUAAAACGAAAAAGCCUCUUGAAUUUAAACAAUUUCUGUAGAUUACUUCCAGAGUUAUGCCCUUGUUUUAGUUUUUAGAAACUUGUGAACCCUCAAACGACGAAAAUUAUAAUGUCAUCUGUAUGAAAUUGUCUAUUAAAUUCCCCUAAUUACAUACAAAAGAAUAAUUAUGUGACAACCCUGGACGAUUUACUGCUAUGGACGUAUGUUUUGUUGCCUGGCAACCUAUCUUUGUAUAUUAUAUUCCUGUUUUUGAAAUAUGUUUAUUUAUUCAUAUUUUUGGUUAUAGUUUGAUAAUUUAUUGUCAUUUUCUUUCAUUUUGAAAUACUGUAGUGUUUUUUGUUAUAUUUUGUAUUUUUGAAAUAGUUUAUUAAUUAUUUUGGAAAUAUCAUUUUGUAUUCUGAUAUAUAUUAAUUUUCCAUUAUUUUCUUCUAUUUUUGGUUAUAGUUUGUUAAUUUUUUUCGUCAUUUUCUUUCAUUUUGAAAUACUGCUUUUUUAUACGCCCACAUUUUCAUGUGGACGUAUUAUGCCGUCGCCCCUGUCCGUCCGGAUGUCCGUCCACAAUUGUUUGUGGACUCUCUACAGGUCACAAUUCUUAUCCGAUUUCGACGAAACUUGAAAUAUAGGUUUAUCCCCAAAAGAUCUCGGCUGCUUUCGAUAUUGGCAUGUAUCGGAUCGAAACUUCAUGGAUUAUGGCCCCUGUUUGUACGAAAAAUCACGUUUUUAGCUUGUGGACCCUAUAGAGGUCACAAUUUUUAUCCGAUUUUGUUGAAACUUGAAAUGUAAGUCUAUAAUCCAAAGAUAUUCGCGCAUAUCGGACUGUAAUUUCCUGAAUUAUGGCCCCUGAUUGUACGAAAAAUCACGUUUUUAGCUUGUGGACCCUAUAGAGGUCAUAAUUUUUAUCCGAUUUAAAAAAACGUAUUAUUAUAUCACCAAUACACACUAAGGACGACUGAGUUUGAAUUUCAUGAAAAUCGACCCAAAAUUGACAGACGAAAUUGGCCGCCGUUCAUUCUCAAAUAGCGUAAAAAAUAUGGUAUAUCAAGGUUGUGGACCCUAUAGAGGUCACAAUUUUUAUCCGAUUUUGUUGAAACUUGAAAUAUAAGUUUAUAGCCCAAAGAUCUCGGUUCCUUUCGAUAUUUGCCCAUAUCGGACCGUAACUUUCUGAAUUAUGUCCCCUGAUUGUACGAAAAAUCAUGAUUUUAGCUUGUGGACCCAUUAGAGGUCAUAAUUUUUAUCCGAUUUAAAAAAACGUAUUAUUAUAUUACCGUUCCACCCUAAGGACAGUUGAGUUUGAAUUUUGUGAAAAUCGCCCCAAAAUUGACAGACAAAAUGGCCGCCGUUCGUUCUCAAAUAGCGUAAAAAUAUGGUAUAUCAAGGUUGUGGACCCUAUAGAGGUCACAAUUUUUAUCCGAUUUUGUUGAAACUUGAAAUGUAAGUUUAUAACCCAAAGAUCUCGGUUCCUUUCGAUAUUCGUGCAUAUCGGACCGUAACUUCCUGAAUUAUGGCCCCUGAUUGUACGAAAAAUCACGUUUUUAGCUUGUGGACCCUAUAGAAGUCAUAAUUUUUAUCCGAUUUAAAAAAACGUUCUAUUAUAUCACCGUUACACCUUAAGGAUGACUGAGUUUGAAUUUCGUGAAAAUCGGCCCAAAAUUGACAGACAAAAUGGCCGCCAUUCGUUCCCAAAUAGCGUAAGAAUAUGCUAUAUCAAGGUUGUGGACCCUAUAGGGGUCACAAUUUUUAUCCGAUUUUGUUGAAACUUGAAAUGUAAGUUUAUAACCCAAAGAUCUCAGUUCCUUUCGAUAUUCGUGCAUAUCGGACAGUAACUUCCUGAUUGUACGAAAAAUCACGUUUUUAGCUUGUGGACCCUAUAGAAGUCAUAAUUUUUACCCGAUUUAAGAAAACGUAUUAUUAUAUUGGUUUAGUAGUGUUUUUAUACGCCCACAUUGAAAUGUGGUCGUAUAUUGUCGUCGCCCCCGUCCGUCCCUCGGUCCGUCCGUCCGUCAGUCCGGCGUCCACAAUUGCUUGUGGACGCUCUAGACGCUAAAGUUAAUACCUGAUUGACUUUAAAUUUAUAUACAAUGUUUAAAGCCGUGAGACGAAGAAGCCUAUUGAUUUUCAGCGAUUUCCGAUAAUUACUGCCAGAGUUAUGGCCCUUGAUCACUUCAAAAAAUCUUGUGGACGCUGUAGAGGCUAAAGUUAAUAUCCGAUUGACUUGAAAUUUAUACACAGUGUAUAAGGUCAUGAGGCGAAGAAGCCUAUUGAUUUUCAGCGAUUUCUGAUAACUACCAGAGUUAUGGCCCUUGAUCACUUCAAAAAGUCUUGUGGACGCUCUAGAGGCUAAAGUUAAUAUCCGAUUGACUUUAAAUUCAUACACAGUGUUUAAGGUCAUGAGAUGAAGAAGCCUAUUGAUUUUCAGUGAUUUCUGAUAAUUACUGCCAGAGUUAUGGCCCUUGAUCACUUCAAAAAAUCUUAUGGACGCUCUAGAGGCAAAAGUUAAUAUCUGAUUGACUUUAAAUUUAUACACAGUGUUAAAGGUCAUGAAACGAAGAAGCCUAUUGAUUUUCAAUGAUUUUCAAUAAUUACUGCCAGAGUUAUGGCCCUUGAUCACUUCAAAAAAUCUUGUGGAUGCUCUAGAGGCCUAAGUUAAUAUCCGAUUGACUUUAAAUUUAUACACAGUGUUUAAGGUCAUGAAACGAAGAAGCCUAUUGAUUUUCAGCGAUUUCCGAUAAUUACAGCUAGAGUUAUGGCCCUUGACCACUUCAAAAGAUCUUGUGGACGCUCUAGAGGGUAAAGUUAAUAUCCGAUUGACUUUAAAUUUAUACACAGUGUUUAAGGUCAUGAGACGAAGAAUCCUAUUGAUUUUCAGCAAUUUCAGAUAAUUACAGCUAGAGUUAUGGCCCUUGAUCACUUCGAAAAAUAUUGUGGACCCUCUAGAGGGUAAAGUUAAUAUCCGAUUGACUUUAAAUUUAUACACAGUGUUUAAGGUUAUGAGACGAAGAAUCCUAUUGAUUUUCAGUGAUUUCCGAUAAAUUUUUGCCAGAGUUAUGGCCCUUGAUCACUUUGAAAAAUCUUGUGGACGAUCUAGAGGCUAAAGUUAAUAUCCGAUUGAUUUCAAAUUUAUACAGAGUGUUAAAGGUCUUGAGACGAACAAGUUUAUUGAUUUUCAAUGAAUCUUUAUGACUUGAACAGCUAAAUCCAUGAUGUUAAAAGUUUCGUAUACUAAACGUUAGCAUGGGGCAGAACUUUAUAAAAACCAAACAAAUUCUAAUGGUUUUCUGAUAAUUACUUAAUCAGAUUUUAAUGUAUUAUAAAUGUUUCAUUACCAAAAAAAGUAAAAAUAUGCGACAACUCUUAUUGACUGCCCGGACGAUAUAGCUGUUGUGGGCGUAUGAAUCGUUGCCUGGCAACCUAUCUUUUGUUACAUGUGUAUAUUUAUUUUGUAUUUUUGAAAUAGUUUAUUAAUUAAAGUAGUUUGGAAAUAUCAUUUUGUAUUCGGAUAUAUAUUAAUUUUACAUUAUUUUUUUCUUAUUUUGCUGUUCUUAUAUAUUACAUAGUCAUUUUCUUA